AUGGAGGGAGGGGGGGGGAAACGGCCUAUCUGGCGCGCGCUCGCGCACGCGCGCAACGCCGAACCCAAUGAAAAAGGUGACAAGUACAUCUCCUCCUCCCCCGAGAAUAAGAAAAAAAGAGACCAGAGCACAAACUUGCCAGACAAGAAAAAUCAGACAAAAAAGACACUGGAUACCAUCAUGCCCUCUUCAUCAAUGUACUCUUCGCUUGACGCGGCGCAAGACGUCGCUCGAGGCGCCUGCAUCGUCGCAUGGCCCGCCGACGAGCCUUAUACGGAACCAACGUCGUCCAACUACCUGCCAUGA